GGACGCCGAGGGGGCGCGCGCCCCUGUCCGCGCGCGCGCGCGCGUUCGCGCUCGCUGGCUCGCGCGCUCGCUGGCUCGCGCCGGCUGGAGGCUUCCCCCGCCUGCGCUCCGGGUCGGAGCCACUCCGGCGCGUGCGCGCGUGGUCUCCGGCCGACCCGAGUGGCCGGGUUCCCUGGGCUCCAGGGGCCCCCCGCCGCCCGCUCCCCGCCUCCCAGCCAACCCGUCCCUCCCUUUCCUCCCGGAAUGGGGCCGGCGCUGCUCGGGGUCGCGCGCCCCGGACCCGGCUCGCGCUCGGUCUCGCGCUGUCAGCCGCUGCCUGGCUCGCGCCGCCUUGCGCUUUCCCUCAGUCAGUGGCGCCGAAGGCUCCGUUAAGCGGCGGCCGCGGUUCCUGUUUCCGUUUCUUCCUCUCCCUUCAGUCGGGAGUAGCAUCCUCCACCCCGCCACCCCUCCCACUCUCCCGGCGCGGCCAGCCGCAGCUGAAGGCAGUGGCCGUGGCGACGGGGGACGGCGCCGACCGCCUCGCUCCCGCCUCGGGUUGCUGUUCUGGCUUAGGCUGUCUAUGACCCUCAUGGUGUUUUCAUUCAAGAUUAAAUCCUUUUCAUCUUUAUUGAUUAACUAAGCAAAUUCAGACAAUAAUUUUAGAGACCCAGAUUCAAGCAAUAACACCUUUCUCUGAAAUACCUUGUGGUUUUCUUCAACGUCUUACAUUCUAGGGAAGGAAACAUGUAGAGCCACGAAGUGAAGCGCAGGACAGGGAAGCUUCCUACUUGCAUCACCAGGAAGAUCCUUUUGUAAGAGGCACAGGAUACCAGAGACUAACUUGUCUAAAGCAUCAUGUGUUGAAACAACAGAAACCUAUGUUCCUGUGUGGCUAACUAGGACCAGAGUACAAUGUUUCCAAUUCUUUGAGCUCCAGGAAGACAGAGAACGGAGUUGAAACUCUGAAAAUGCGGCCAUGGACUGGUUCCUGGCGUUGGAUUAUGCUCAUUCUUUUUGCCUGGGGGACCUUGUUGUUUUAUAUAGGUGGUCAUUUGGUUCGAGAUAAUGACCACCCUGAUCACUCUAGCAGAGAACUCUCCAAGAUUCUUGCAAAGCUGGAACGAUUAAAACAACAAAAUGAAGACUUGAGGAGGAUGGCUGAGUCUCUCCGAAUACCGGAAGGCCCUAUUGAUCAGGGGACAGCUACAGGAAGAGUCCGUGUUUUAGAAGAACAGCUUAUUAAGGCCAAAGAACAGAUUGAAAAUUACAAGAAACAAGCCAGGAAUGGUCUAGGGAAGGAUCAUGAAAUCUUAAGAAGGAGGAUUGAAAAUGGAGCUAAAGAGCUCUGGUUUUUUCUACAAAGUGAAUUGAAGAAAUUAAAAAAUUUAGAAGGAAAUGAACUCCAAAGACAUGCAGAUGAAAUUCUUUUGGAUUUAGGACAUCAUGAAAGGUCUAUCAUGACAGAUCUAUACUACCUCAGUCAAACAGAUGGAGCAGGUGAUUGGCGGGAAAAAGAGGCCAAAGAUCUGACAGAGCUGGUCCAGCGGAGAAUAACAUAUCUCCAGAAUCCCAAGGACUGCAGCAAAGCCAGGAAGCUGGUGUGUAACAUCAACAAAGGCUGUGGCUAUGGCUGUCAACUUCAUCAUGUGGUAUACUGCUUCAUGAUUGCCUAUGGCACCCAGCGAACACUCAUCUUGGAGUCUCAGAAUUGGCGCUAUGCUACUGGGGGAUGGGAGACUGUGUUUAGACCUGUAAGUGAGACAUGCACAGACAGGUCUGGCCUCUCCACUGGACACUGGUCAGGUGAAGUAAAGGACAAAAAUGUUCAAGUGGUCGAGCUCCCCAUUGUAGACAGCCUCCAUCCUCGUCCUCCUUAUUUGCCCCUGGCUGUACCAGAAGACCUUGCAGAUCGACUCCUAAGAGUCCAUGGUGAUCCUGCAGUGUGGUGGGUGUCCCAGUUUGUCAAAUACUUGAUCCGUCCACAACCUUGGCUGGAAAAGGAAAUAGAAGAAGCCACCAAGAAGCUUGGCUUCAAACAUCCAGUUAUUGGAGUCCAUGUCAGGCGCACUGACAAAGUGGGGACAGAAGCAGCCUUCCAUCCUAUUGAGGAGUACAUGGUACACGUUGAAGAACACUUCCAGCUUCUCUCGCGCAGAAUGCAAGUGGAUAAAAAAAGAGUGUAUCUGGCCACUGAUGACCCUUCUUUGUUAAAGGAGGCAAAGACCAAGUACUCCAAUUACGAAUUUAUUAGUGAUAACUCAAUUUCCUGGUCAGCUGGACUACAUAAUCGAUACACAGAAAAUUCUCUUCGGGGUGUGAUCCUGGAUAUACAUUUUCUCUCCCAGGCUGACUUCCUAGUGUGUACUUUUUCAUCCCAGGUCUGUCGGGUUGCUUAUGAAAUCAUGCAAACACUGCAUCCUGAUGCCUCUGCAAACUUCCAUUCUUUAGAUGACAUCUACUACUUUGGAGGCCAAAAUGCCCACAACCAGAUUGCAGUUUAUCCUCACCAACCUCGAACUGAAGAGGAAAUCCCCAUGGAACCUGGAGAUAUCAUUGGUGUGGCUGGAAACCAUUGGGAUGGCUAUUCUAAAGGUGUCAACAGAAAACUGGGAAAAACAGGCCUUUACCCUUCCUACAAAGUCCGAGAGAAGAUAGAAACAGUCAAGUACCCCACAUAUCCCGAAGCUGAAAAAUAAAGAUGAUGUGUAAGAGAUUAACAACAGAACUCAGUUCAGACCGUCUCAGCCAAGCAGAAGACCCAGACUAAUGCAUGGUUCAUUGCCAGACAUGCUCUGCACCAAGAGCAAGUGGGAACCAACCCUCAGAUGCUGCACUGGUGGAAUGCCUCUUUAUGAAGGGCUGCUGUGCCCUCAAGCCCAUGCACAGUACAAUAAUGCACUCACACAUAACAUACAAACGGAUUAUUUUCUACUUUGCCCCUUUAAAUAUUAUGUCCCCAUGAAACAAACACUGCCACAUUGUGUAAUUUAAGUGACACAGACAUUUUGUGUGAGACUUCAAACAUGGUGCCUAUAUCUGAGAGACCUCUGUGACUUACUGAGAAGAUGUGAACAGCUCCCUUCUGUGGGGAAGUUGGUUCUUAGCCAGUGGUAGUGGUGUGGCCACUGAAUUCACUCCAGUCAACAGAUCAGAAUGAGAAUGGAUGUUUUUCCUUUAUAUGAUUGUCUGGAUUUUUUUUUUUUUUAAGUAAUUUCAUUCAGUUCGGUUCAUUCACCUCAUCAUUAAUAAAUGAAGGAAUACACCAAUAAAAUAAAAUGAAAUACUCACUGUCCAUUAGGAAGUUUUGUAAAACAAUACCAUGAACAAAAAUUCUUUAGUACUCAAUGUUUCUGGACAUUCUCUUUGAUAACAAAAAUAAAUUUUAAGGAGGAA